AAUUGAACACAUGUGUGAUGCGGUUGUCGAAGUUGAAUCAUUUGCAGUGCCACAUAUCAUGGAUUAUUCCACGUUCAUAAAUUACCAACACUUAAUUCGCUCAUACCAUCCAUCAUCUACAAAAUUAUCAGUAUUAUCAGGUGGUAGUGGAAAUAAUCUAGGAUUUAAAUUACGUCGUAAAAAAUUUACUAUUGAAACUUUUCAUCUACCGCCUGAAGGUGGUAUUAAUGAAAGACGUGUUGGUCCCGAAACGAAUAAGUCUGUGAAGAAGAAGGAGGAGGAUGAUAAAAAUAAACCGG